AUGACCGGACCGUCCAUUCAAGAUCGCACGAGCGAGUUCAGCGCCAUCCUUGGCCACGCCCAAAAACGACUCGGCGCCUCGAAAGUUGGAACCCAGCGACAAGCGCUCCUGACGGACGCCCAAAGACGACAAGCCAAUGGGUCGCCGUCUGGUCCGCAUGAUAGCAGUACAGGCAGAUCCGAGUUUGCGCGGAGAGCGCGGGAUAUUGGGAAGGGCAUUACUGGAACGACCGCGAAGCUGCAGCGCUUAGCAGAGUUGGCGAAGCGGAAAACACUCUUCGAUGACCGACCGGUCGAAAUAUCCGAAUUGACAUACGUGAUCAAGCAAGAUCUGGCCUCGCUAAACCAGCAGAUUGCCUCCUUGUCUGCGUUGACCCAAGCGCAACAUCCAAAGUCAAACCGCUCCAAGACAGACCAGGAAGGAGAACACAAUGACAAUGUCGUCGUUAUGUUGCAAGGAAAACUUGCGGACGUCGGGUCUUCUUUCAAGGAUGUUCUUGAAGUCCGGACAAAGAACAUCCAAGCCUCUCGCACAAGAACCGAGAACUUUGUCUCCUCCGUCUCCUCCAAAUCACAGAGCGCUCUUGACUCGCAACGCUCUGAUUCACCUUUAUACAACACCUCGGGGCGCCGAACGCCUCAGCCAGGGUAUCAAGGAAACUCGUCCGAUCUUCUGACCUUGGAUCCCUCAAACCCCUCACCUUUGGGCCAGUCAAUGCAAUCGGAUCAGCAACUCCUGGUAAUGGAGGAGGCCCAAUCCAGCAACUCUUACGUCCAGGCCCGUGGAGAGGCCAUCGAAGCCAUUGAGCGAACUAUCAGCGAACUUGGUGGCAUUUUCGGCCAAUUGGCACAGAUGGUCAGUGAACAGUCUGAAAUGAUUCAACGCAUUGAUGCAAAUACCGAGGACGUUGUGGACAACGUCCAAGGCGCUCAGCGAGAACUCAUGAAAUAUUGGACUCGGGUGUCUGGAAAUCGCUGGCUCAUUGCCAAGAUGUUUGGCAUUCUGAUGAUUUUCUUCCUUCUUUGGGUUUUGAUCUCGUGA